UUGCUUUGGCCGUGUAAAUGGCUUUAUUGUUGAUGGCUUUGCCUCUCGCGGGAAAAAAUUGUAAAAAAAAAGAGGCGUUGACAAUGACGAUUGGGCCAAUUUGGCGAAAAGGAAGGGGGAAAGAAUUAAAAAAGGGGGAGAAAAUUGGUGAAAAAGUUGAGGGGAAAAUUGGGAGAGAGACUCUUUUUUUGUUGAAUUUUAAGCCUAUUUGGAAAUAAAUAUGUAGACUAAAUUUAGAAAUAAAGCUAUAAUAUAUUUUUUAUGUUAAAUUUAAUGUUGGGCCUUUUAUUGGAAUUAGAUUUGUCCUUAAAUUAGAAUUCCACCGUGAAGUAGAACCCUAUUUACCGAUUGGGCAAAUUUUGGAACCCCUUUCUAGGGCAGUGGAAUUUCUUAAUAUAAGGGAAAUAUAUAGACAGCAGAGUUGUUUCGAAAUUUCGAUUUACGGUUUUCGAAGAUUGUUCAGUUUCGAAACAUCUCUAUUAGGAGAGGUAUUACUAGAGAACAGACCGAAACUAGAUCUCUAACAAGAACCUCGAUUGUCAAGAAGCGGGAUUUUUCGAGAUAUCUCGAUUCUCGUACACACUCCCAGUCAGGUCUUACACAGUGAAGUAGAACCCGAUUUGACGAUUUGGCAAAUUUUGUAACCCCUUUCUAAGCCAGAUGAAAACACUUUACUAUAGAGAACAGAAAAAUCUCGGUUAUCGAGAAUCGAGAUUUUUCGAGAUAUCGAUCUCGAUUCUCGUAUAUUUUCUCGUAUUCCCAGUCCUGUCCCUAGUUAUCAGUCUUCACAAAGAGAGAGAAAGGGUUUUGGGAGGUCGAACCCUGCCUCAUCCUUCUACCAAUAGUUAAAAAUAUUUUUGCCAGAAUUCACUCUCUUUUCAGCUAUUAGUACACAAAAAAGAGACAUUUCAUCUCUUUUCGGAUAAUUGAGUUAACGCGCCGAAUUUCACCGCAGGGAGUAUAACAACAACAAAAAACAACAAAGGGUGCGCGAAAAAAAAGAAAAGAUGCCGUUAACUGACAAAAAAAAUUUUUUUGGCUCCAUUCCUUUUUUGGAUAAAAAGAACAAAGAAAAUGUUAAAAAGGAGAAAAGACAAAAGCUGGCAAUGAUUGGGGCCAGUUGCGAAUGAAGGGAGGGAAAGGAACAAUGUUUUCUAUAUUUUAUAAUGGCAAUGAGAAAAUAAAAUGAAUGGUAGUGUAGAAUGUGAAAAAGAUGUAUGUGAGGGUAGGAACGAAAAAAAAGUAUAUAAAAAGGAAAUAAAAAAAAAAGUAAAAUAAAAUGGGAGAAUAU